AUGGAUGGCAAAUCUGUUGCUGCUGCUUUGGUUCUCUACCUGGUCUUAAUGGCAGGGUCAGAAGGUAAGGCCCUGGCAAAGACAAAGGAAAAAGGCUUCCAAUGCCUGUGCAUAAGUACUCAUUCCAAGUUUAUCCCUCCCAAGGCUAUUCAGAACGUGAGAUUAAGCCAAAGAGGACCUCGCUGCAAAAAUGUGGAAAUCAUAGCUACGCUGAAAGGUGGCAAACAAGUGUGUUUGGAACCCACUGCUCCCUGGGUCCGGCUCACUGUAAAGGCUAUUUUGGCCAGGGCCAGAGACAAUGUUGAGUCACCAAUCAAAGAAAAGUCAAGGAAAAAUAUACCUUGGAGUUUUUCAAGGAUAUGA